GGGACCGGAGGGUGGCUCCCUGGUCCCCAGCAUGGCCCUCUCCGCGUGGGCCUUCUGCUGCUUUCUGGGGGGCCUCUUGCUCCCUGGGGGCAGCCCCAGCCCCAGCCCCAGCUCCAGCGUGCCCCGCUUGCGGCUCUCCUACCGAGACCUCCUGUCUGCCAACCGCUCUGCCAUCUUUCUGGGCCCCCGGGGCUCCUUGGACCUCCGGACCAUGUAUCUUGAUGAGUAUCGGGACCGCCUCUUUCUGGGAGGCCGAGAUGCUCUGUACUCUCUGAGGCUGGACCAGGCAUGGCCAGACCCCCGGGAGGUCCUGUGGCCACCACAGCCAGGGCAGAGGGAAGAAUGUGUUCGAAAGGGACGAGAUCCUUUGACGGAGUGUGCCAACUUUGUGCGGGUACUGCAGCCACAUAACCGGACCCACUUGUUGGCAUGUGGCACCGGGGCCUUCCAGCCCAUCUGUGCUCUCAUUACAGUCGGGCAUCGUGGGGAGCAUGUACUCCACCUGGAACUUCGCAGUGUGGAGAGCGGCCGUGGGCGAUGCCCACACGAACCCAGUCACCCUUUUGCCAGCACCUUUGUAGGUGGGGAGCUAUACACAGGUCUCACUGCUGACUUCCUGGGGCGAGAAGCCAUGAUCUUCCGAAGUGGGGGUCCCCGGACGGCCCUGCGUUCUGACUCUGACCAGAGCCUCCUGCAUGACCCCCGGUUUGUGAUGGCUGCACGGAUUGCUGACAACUCUGACCAGGACGAUGAUAAGGUGUACUUCUUCUUCUCGGAGACUGUCCCAUCACCUGAUGGUGGCCUGGGCCAUGUCAUAGUCAGCCGUGUGGGACGAGUCUGUGUGAAUGAUGCUGGUGGCCAGCGGGUGCUGGUGAACAAAUGGAGCACCUUUCUCAAGGCCAGGCUGGUCUGCUCUGUGCCUGGCCCUGGUGGUGCUGAGACCCACUUUGAUCAGCUGGAGGAUGUGUUCCUGUUGUGGCCCAAGUCAGGGAAAGGCCUCGAGAUAUAUGCGCUGUUCAGCACCAUCAGUGCUGUGUUCCAGGGCUUUGCCAUCUGUGUGUACCACAUGGUGGAUAUCUGGGAGGUCUUCAACGGGCCCUUUGCCCACCGAGAUGGUCCUCAGCACCAGUGGGGGCCCUAUGGGGGCAAGGUGCCCUUCCCCCGCCCUGGCGUGUGUCCCAGCAAGAUGACUGCACAGCCAGGACGGCCCUUUGGCAGCACCAAGGACUACCCGGAUGACGUGCUGCAGUUUGCUCGAGCCCACCCACUCAUGUUCCAGCCUGUGCGGCCUCGGCAUGGCCGCCCUGUCCUGGUCAAGACUCACCUGACCCAGCAGCUGCGCCAGAUUGUGGUGGAUCGUGUUGAGGCUGAAGACGGGACCUAUGAUGUCAUCUUCCUGGGGACAGACUCAGGCUCUGUGCUCAAGGUCAUGGCCCUCCAAGCAGGGGCUUUGGCUGAGCCUGAGGAGGUGGUUCUGGAGGAACUCCAGGUGUUUAAGGUGCCAACACCCAUCAUGGAGAUGGAGAUCUCUGUCAAAAGACAAAUGCUGUACGUGGGCUCUCAGCUGGGUGUGGCCCAGCUGCAGCUGCACCAGUGUGAGACUUAUGGCAGUGCCUGUGCCGAAUGCUGCCUGGCCCGGGACCCAUACUGUGCCUGGGAUGGUGAUUCCUGUUCUCGCUACCGCCCUAGCCCCAGCAAGCGACGGUUCCGUAGGCAGGACAUCAGGCAUGGCAACCCUGCCCUGCAGUGUCUGGGCCAGAGCCAGGAUGAGGAGGCGUCAGGACUGGUGGCCACCAGGGUCUAUGGCAUGGAGCACAACAGCACCAUCCUGGAGUGCCUGCCCAAGUCUCCCCAGGCUUCUGUGCGCUGGUUCUUGCAGAGGCCAGAGGAUGAGAGGGCUGACCUGGUAAAAACAGAUGAGCGUAUCCUGCAAACAGAGCAGGGGCUGCUGUUCCGUAGGCUCAGCUGCCUUGAUGCAGGUACCUACACCUGCACAACGCUGGAGCGUGGUUUCUCCCAGACUGUGGUCCGUCUGGCUCUGGAGGUGAUUGCAGCCACACAGCUGAAUAGCCUGUUCCCUCGGGAGCCAAGACCAGAGGAGUCCUCAGCCUGGGGAGGUCCAGCCUCUGCCCCACCUAAAGCUUGGUAUAAGGACAUCCUACAACUUAUUGGCUUCUCCAGCCUGCCCCAGGUUGAUGAGUACUGUGAGCGUGUGUGGUGUAGGGGCGUUGGGGAGCACUCAGGCUUCUUCCGGAGCCGGGGGAAGCAGGCCAAAGGCAAGAGCUGGGCAGGCCUGGAGCUGCGCAAGAAGGUGAAGAGCCGGGUGCAGGCUGAGCGCAAUCGGACGCCCCGGGAGGUGGAGGCCGCAUAGAGAGGCUUAGGAGGGGGUGAUCAGGCUGGGCUGGGGGACCCAGCAGCAGCCCCCAGCAUCUCCCACCCAUCCAGCUAGGGCAGAGGUGGGCCAGGAUGCCUGAUUGCCUCUGAGAGAUGGAAGUGUCUGCCACUCAUAGGCAAGACUGAGGAUCUGAGGGGAGGGGCCUGUACCUGAAACCUGAUUUCUGCCACUCUCUGGGCUCUGAGUUCCAGGCUGGAGCUGGCACCUCUGGCCACUGGCAGUCCCAAAGGGCCUGCUAUUUGUUCUCAGAGAUGGCCUGGCUCCCGGAGAACAUUUCCGGUUGUACCCAGAGGCAAGAGGGUUGGGUGGUUCUUUCCCAGAGUGUGCAGAACAAUGCCCAUUCUGAGUGACCUUCAGAAUGGGUGUGUGGGUAGCUCUAAGGAGUUAUCUAGGCAGGGGCGCUCAGUCAGCCAGAGGAGCGUAGAAGUGGCCUCUUACGCUAGUACCUGUUAAGAAGAACCUACCCUGUCCAGAGCUGGGGAGGGAAAGUAGAGGCGUUGAGAAGGUAGAGCAGCGAUACAGUUUCCCUCUUUCAUGCUAUUCCCCACCACCUCUUCUGCAUCUCAAUUACAGAGGCAUGGGUUGUUGGGACCUGGAAGUGUUCUGAGCCUUGGGUCCCACUUUAUAGACCAGGGAGAGUAGUCUCACAGCCUGCUGUCCCUUCCCCAGGCUCUGAACUGUUAGGCCAGGUUUGCUGAGAUGCCCAUCUCUUCAUCAUCAAGGUCUCAUGCUGGGGAGCAGACGAGGGGUAGGAUCUAGGGCAAUGCCGGCCUUCAUCUCUGUGGACUAGAGAGGGAAAGAGAGGACCUAGAAGAAGCAUGGGGUGGGAGGAGUGGUUGUCUUUCCAAACCCACUGGGGUAUGCAGUGCAGGCCCACCCCAGCCCUGGGAGUGAAGGAAUGUAGAGGCUCUGAGAGCUGUGGUGAGUAAUCAGGAUUAGGAUAAGGAUCCAGGGCUUUGUCCAGGGCCACAGAGAACUGAAAGGCUAUCAAGAUGGAGAGAGGAUAGGAGACCCUCUUAGAGGGGCUAAUGGACUCAGGAACAGGUGUCCUAAAGGAUUCACAAUGGCAUCAACUGGUUCAGGAGCCAUUGGGAAGUCCAGAUAUUCCCAACCCCAGAAUCUGUAUUUUCUGCUAGAUAGGGUUGAGCAUGGA